CGCGUGGCGCCUCCGAGCGUCGGUUGCUGGGACGACAGCGGGCAAAAUGGCUGAGCCCAACCCAGGCGACCCGUCGGCAGGUAAGUCCUCUUCCGACAGUCCGCCGAGGAGUGCCCAAAGCGCCGAGAACCGAGAACGUGUUUCGAACAACGUCUCAGACAGCGACCAAGACUUUGACCCGUCUGCGGAGAUGCUGGUCGAUGAGUACGACGACGAGAAGACGCUCGACGAAGAGGAAGCCCUGGAGAGCGACGCCAGCGACGACGAGCUGAACACCCUCCAGAAGGAAGGAGAGAUGCCGCUGGAAGACUUGCUGGCCAUGUUCGGCUACAAAGACGGCGAAAAAGCCGUCGACGCAGAUUCGGAGUCGGAGGAAGACGACGAGGAAGAAGAGGAGGAGGAAGAGGAAGAGAAUGAAGGAGAGGCCGAGAAGGUGGCACCUCGCGUCGAGACCGUUCCGCCGGCGAAAGUGGUGGUGGCACCCCCCGCGCCCCCGCCUCCGGUAAAAGAAGCGGAACCGAAGGCGGCCACCGCCACCAAGACGCCGCCGCCCGUUGUGAGCCGGACCCCACCACCGCCAGCGCCCACGGCACCUCCUCCACCACGGAGGGAGCACCGGACCACUUCCACGGCGCACCUGCUCCGCUCCGUUUCCCACGCGAGUGAAUCGUCCAAUUCGGACUCCGACGAGGACUUCACCAUUGAGGAGUACUGGAAAAAGAACGAAAACUUUAACGAUGUAAACCUGUUGGGACCUGCUUACGCCAGAGUGCCCCAUCAGACGAUACAGGUGGGCUCGGAAUACCAGGCCACCAUCCCGGUCGGCCUCUGUAAAUACGACGACGCGCCAGCCUACGAGAACGAGGACCGUCUGCUGUGGGACCCCGCCAAGAUUUCCGACACGGACGGUAGGGGGAGCUUCGGUGGAGCGGUGGAGGUGUUGCACGGGUCGACGUGGUCCAAUUUAGCGCUCUUCGUCGUCAUCUGUCUUCUUUUUUCCGACGGGGUCCGCACUUUCUUUUCAGUGGAGGACUACCUUUCGACGGCUCAGGAGCCCACUGGCAACGCCGUCGGCUACGGAUCCUUGCCCGUCGGAUGUCACACGCGAGACGACGAACAGGCGCUGUACCUGCUGCUCCAGUGCGGCCACAACGUGGAGGAGGCCCUGCGGCGGCGGCGCAUGAAUCCAGCGCUCCCCUCGGGUGCGUGCCUCGACGAACCCCCCUUGCAGCAAUCCCCCAGGGUUGCCCGCCGGCCCGUCCCCGGCGGCGGGGACCCCGAGGCGGUGCACGGGAGGGGUCGGGUUUCGGGGGCGGGGUCCCCUGAGGCCCAAGUGCUCGAGCGGGCCCCGCUCUGCCCCUCCCCAGAGAUGAGCCUGUGGUCCGAGGAAGAAUGCCGGAGCUUCGAGAGCGGGCUGCGCCUCUACGGCAAAGACUUCCACCUCAUACAGCUGCACAAGGUGAGGACGCGGUCGGUGGCGGAGCUGGUCCAUUUCUACUACCUGUGGAAGAAGACGGAGCGGCACGACAUCUUCGCUAGCAAGGUUCGGCUCGAGAAGAAGAAGUACGCCCUCCACCCCGGGACCACGGACUACAUGGACCGUUUCCUCGACGAGCAAGAGAACUCUCAACAGCAGCAGCUGCAGCAACAGCAGCAGCAACAUCAUCAUCAAGACGGCGAGCGGUCCUGCAGCCCCAGCGAGCCGAAACGACCGCGCCUCGCCGGCCCGCUCCAACUAACCAGCCACUUGGCGCGUCACGAAAACGGACGAGAUCCCACGAGCGCAGUCUCUGCCAACCCCGCCGCAUUCCCGCGCGAAAACGGCCGGGGGGACCGCCUGUGGACGGGACCCGAGAGCUCGUCGGACGAAGACGACCUCCCCCUCAUCGCCACGGCGAGGCCGCCCCUCGCCAAGACCGCCCCCGCCUCCCCAGCGGUCUCUAACAAGGCGACGUCUUCGGGAACCCUGGUGGCAAGCGCGCACACCACGGCGCCCGCCGCGCCACAGCCAGCCACCCCCGACGAGUGAUGUUCCACCUUCAACUAGGGCAACGUGUGUAUGUGCACGCGUGCAGAACAUUGUCUGUGCUGCGUGCGGGGCCAACGGAACGGAGUGCCAGUGCACGGACAACUGUUUCGUCCGACCCUCCGGACCAAAAACUGUGCGGCGGGAAAGACUACCUCGUCUCGGUGUGAAAGUCUGUCACGAAAAGUGCCUUCUUCCUCAUCCCGCGUUCCAUCUGCCGAACGUUAAAAAGUCGCGGCUGCGGGUCUUUGCACAUUUGUUUUUUUCUCUCCUAACCACGUUUGCACCAGACUUGUCUCGUGUUUCGAUCGUCAAAGUAUUGCGAAGCCACCGUUUUAUAUCGCUUGCCCUUUUUUUCUUUUUUCCCCUCCAAAGACGCAGAGGAACGUAAGUUUCUUUGCGGGUGCUCGAACGCUUCGUUGGGGAGAGCCGAAGCAAGAAGACGCUCGUAUUGCCAUUAAACGAACACUCGUUUUUGUACAGUUUUUGUGUUAAAAUGUAACAUUUCAUUCACGCUUUUAACGUCCUUCGGUGGCGUGACGCAACUGCCGGCUCACUCGUUGCGCAAACCGGACGCGAGGCGGCAAAGAACCACAAUUUGACCACGAGAAGAGACAAAAAAGCUCUUGUUGCCACGCACAUUGUUUACAAGACUAUUACCAUUAUGUACCAGCUAGUGUAUGGGGACGAGUCGGUUUUUCUUACCUGCGCUCUUUGUUUGAGAAGUCUUGCAGAUGGGACGUUUCUUCGCUAUCAUUGUUUUCCUCAUCAACAUCGGUUGGCGACUGGCCCGGAAAACCGGUAACGUCGCUUUUUAAACUUCAUUGCACUUUUUGCAAGUCGCACCCCAUUUCAUUGCAAGCGGAAUCAGCGGGCCAGAUCCCUCGGCAAACCGGAACACGCUUGUUCGCUUUCUGUAAAUAAGUUGCACACCCCAGCCGCGGCCGGCAUCUCUCCUGCAACCGCAAAACUUAGAAGGGAAGAGGGAGAGAAAAAAAAAUAUCCCCCACGAAAACCUGCGAAUUUCCGGCAAUUGCGAAAAAUUUACAAUGUUUGACGGACCCGUUUUUGCUAAGUGACGUCGCCACGAAGGAGCUAGUUUGAAUAAAUAUUUAUUGGUAGCGAGUAUGCAAUACGAAUGUGAUGGAUUAAAGGGAUGUGUAAUUUUA